UUGACUUGCGUGCCUUGGCCGGUUCACCAACUCCUCCUCUACUUAAACCCUAAAUAAAAAAACGUCGGCGAAAUGGAAAUUAGGAACCAGAAGUGUUACCGAUUCGUCUCAGAUUUUCGCCAUUGAAGGAUGGGAGGAGUGAAGCUCCAUGGAAGUUGGGCGAGUCCUUUCAGUAACAGAGUCGUCUGGGCGCUGGAACUCAAAGGCAUACCCUACGAGUUCGUACAAGAAGAUAUGACGAAGAAAAGCCCUCUGCUCCUUCACUACAAUCCCGUUUGCAAGAAGAUUCCGGUGCUCGUCCAUGGCGAAAAGCCGAUCUGCGAAUCCUCCAUCAUCCUUGAGUACAUCGACGAGACCUGGCCGCAAAAGCCUCUGCUACCGAUCGAUCCUCUCGACAGAGCCACCGCUCGGUUCUGGAUCAAAUUCAUAGAGGACAAGGAAGCAACGAUGAGGAGGAUUUUUGUAGCGAGAGGGGAAGAUAAAGAGGAGGCGAGGAGAGCGAGCUUGGAAGUGCUGAGGACGGUCGAGGAGAGGGGCCUCGGCGGCGGCGGGAAGUUCUUCGGAGGAGAUGCGAUUAAUAUGGUGGAUUUGACGUACGGAUGGAUCGCAGUGUGGAUGAAGGUUUUGGAAGAAGUAUUGGAUAUGAAGCUGAUUGAAGGCCCUGAGUUCCCUCGCCUUCAAGCAUGGGCGGAGAGUUUCCGAACCGCCGCCGUCAUCAGAGAUCACAUUCCCGACCACCAAAAAAUGGUGCUACAUUUACGGCGCCGCCGUGAGGAACUGCUUCUGCCACCAAACUAGUUGCCUUUUAUUUAACUCUUUCCAUCUUAAAAAAUAAUAUUAAACCAAUAAUUUUUAUUUUAAAA